AUGUCCACGACUGGCCCGGCAAAUUCUACUGUCGUAGACAACGCGGGUACGAGCGCGGUAGUGGCAAAGCCAUGCCACAACUGCAAACGUCGAAGACUCAGGUGUGACCGGUCAUUGCCCUCUUGUCAAAAGUGCAUUAAGAAGGGCGAGAAGUGUCUUGGUUAUGGCAAGCUGCUCGUCUGGAACAGAGGCGUGGCAAGCCGUGGAAAGAUGAUGGGCAAGUCCUUCCAUGUCCCCGAGCAAGCGACGACUCCAACAGCGGCAUCUGGAAGCCAGGAACUUUGCUUGCCCCGGAAGUACCGUUUUGUCCCCAGCAAUAUGCCCGAUGGUGAGGCUGAGGCUGAGGCUGAAACUGGUGCUGAAGCGGAGAAGGCUGGUGAUGAAGGGGAUACCUCCGUGUCAAUUAAUCCGUCUCUGGUGGACCCGCUCUUCCAAGAUCUGGAUCAAGCAUCUCGAUUCUACAUCUCUCACUUUACGGACCAGAUGUGCCGUGAUCUUGUAACAUAUGAUGUUCCCAGACACAAUCCUUAUCGUGACAUUGUUCCGCUGAUAAGGGACCAUGAACUCCUACUGCAUGUCAUCGUUGCCAAUUCUGCAAUUCAUAUCUCAAAUAUGCUAUCAAAGGGUCCUAGUCGGUUCAAUGGAGUGCCUGGCCAAUAUCCUCAUCGUGAUGCACUGGUGGCAAAGCAGAAAACUCUCCAGCUUCUCAAUCAGUCCAUGGAUAACAUAGAUGCCGUUGAUCCAGAGGUCGUGCUAACGGCCAUCCUGCUCUCUAUCAACUAUGAGCUUGUGAGUUCUGGAAAGGAUGACUGGAAAGUACAUGUCGAAGGUGCUCAGAAGCUCAUCGACUAUUUCGGCCUACCCAAACGCACUGACCUAUCCUCUGCUAUGAGUGCGUUGCGCGAUCAUGUCGUCUCCGACUGUCUCAUCUACUAUAUCCUUGGUUCGACCUUUUCCGCUCGCAAACCGAACAUGGGGUCAACCACAAGCUGCUACCCCUUUACGGAUGUGUUACCGUUGCUUGAGCGUGCAGAAGCGAACAGUUACAUGUCAUGCCCUGCAUUUCUCUUACACGUAAUGCUCUCGGCAUCCCAUUUAUCCAAUGUAGAGAAGAUUACCGGUUAUGAAGAAGAGCAAGCACGGUACUUGAUGGAGCGAGCUAGCACCUUUAAUACCAACACCUGGGCAGCUUCUGUACAAGGCAUAUCCUCCCAUAACGAUUUUGAAAGCCGUGCCCAUGUAGCCUCGGCUCAUAAGUCGGCAGUCUGUCUCUACAUCCACCAGGCCGUCCCAUCUGCAAACCUGAUGGACGAAUGCAGCAGAAAGGCCAUGGUGGAGGAUAUCAUUGGCCACCUUUCCUUCAUCCUUCCCGGAAACUUGCUACUUAAGGGCACUUCUUGGCCCACUUUCAUAGCCGGCGCCGAAAGUCGAGAUCCAGCACAACGGGCCUGGAUCGUGGCUCGCCUCAAUGACUUAUGGGAAAUACUCCCCUGGGCUACUUCCCGAGCAAGCCGUAAGCAGAUGGUGCUAUAG